CAUGGGGUAUUGACUUUUGCAAGUUUGGCUCCAAACUCGAGAUCGAAACCUCUCCAAACAAAGGCGCGCAGAGAAGGGGAUCCGGUGAUUUCGUUUCAGAGCUAUGCCAAAGCGGUCGUGCUCGUUGGGUAGCUGCUCGGUUCGCCCGUCCAAGCGGCCGUCUAAGCUGCAGCAGAAGCAUCUGUAUGUGUUGCUGGACGACUGGGAAAGGGGCUACAGCAUCUACAGGGUGGGCAAGGACGACUUCAGCACUGAUUCUGAUGACUACCUAGACACGACCCCGCUCGCCCGCAUGGAGGCACAACAUCCAGUCUCAAUGUCGUUUGCCACCCAUGGAACUAAGAUCCUGGCUGUUCGUCCCAGCGAAGGCAGCCCUGCUAUCACUGGCUUCGACACCAAGACUAUGGGGCUGACAGUGUGCCCGUUACCGCAGAGCCAUAGGUCAUUUCUCAGACCCUUCUAUGCAUCAGUUGGUGACAUGCUCUUCGUUAUGGUUUACCGGUCAUUUGAGUUGCUCGGCUCCCAGCCGCCACCUGACAGCAAGGAGCCUUGGUCCUGGUAUACUAUCAAAACUGAACUGCCUUUUGAGCCUGCUUACGUCACUGGCUAUGCAUUGCACCCGGACGGGUACACUCUUUUUGUAUCGGCCAAGGGGUGGAAACCGGGUAACAAUUCACGGCUUUUAGAUGACCUACAGCAGAGCACAUACUCCUUCAAUACAGAGAGCCUCAAGUUCCGGUACCAUGGUGAGUGGAUGCUGCCAUUCAAAGGGCAGGCCCACUACGACAGCGAGCUCGAAGCGUGGAUUGGGCUUUGCAGAGAUGGAACUGGUUAUGUCUGCUCAUGUGAUGUUCCAUCCCGAGCGAAUUGUGACACCAUGCCUGCUUGGAAAGUUGGCAAGGAUAAGGUGUUUGAUCACAAGUCGAUGAGGCAUCGGGGGGCCACCCUCCUGUAUAUGGGAUGCAGCACGUAUUGCCUGGUUCAGUGCUGUGCACAGAAGCAUGAUGAGUGGUUUGCCUAUCCACGCCACCGCGUGAUGAAGAUGUGCACCUUUCGUCUCAAGUAUGACAAGAAUGGGGAGCUGCGGAUCACUGGCCAUCGGGGUCGUGCAUCCAUGGCAUACAAGGUUGCUCGGGACAGGGUUGCGCCAACACUGGAUCCUACAGUGUUCUGCAUAUAACUUGUACUACUCUGUCCAUUUGUCCUUAUAAAGGUCUAUUAGUUUUUUGAAAAAUCAAAUAUUACGUUAACUUUCACCAGUAUUGUAGAGGUUGAGAGUUGUUUCUACAAACUUGGUCAAAGUUAGCGUACUUUGACUUUCCUAAAAACUAAUGCACCUUAUAAGAAGGAACAGAGGGAGUACGUAGUGGUUUUCACUUUCAAACAUCCAAUUGUGCUCUCUCUCUUUUUUUUCAUUCUGAAUUCUGAUGGUGUUGGAACUUGGUUAUGUGCUUGCGUUGUUUCUGUAUAUUAAAUAAAACAUAUCCGUGUGAAACUUGCUGUA